AUGUCGCUUAGCUCCCUCAGGAAUCUGCGCACCCAAUGGUUUCCGCCCAAAGCGGCGUUCACUGAUAAAGAGCUGCCCUUGCAAAAGGGUCGGGUUUUCAUCGUGACAGGCGGCAAUGCAGGCGUCGGCUUUGAAUUAUGCAAGAUCCUAUACGGCUCCGGUGCCACCAUCUACAUGGCAUCAAGAUCGAAGGCAAGUCCCCCAAACAAAUACGAGUUGCCUGGCCAGAUUAAGUUCCUCCAUCUUGACCUCAACGACUUGGAAUCAGUCAAGGAGGCGGCAACUACAUUCGCACAACAAGAAUCAAAGCUCGACGUUCUCUGGAAUAAUGCGGGAACUGGAGCGAACCUGGUAAAAGCCGGCGCUAAAACAGCCCAGGGAUUCGAAGCUAUGGUGGGUAUGCACUGUAUCGCGACUUUGCUAUUCACCGAGCUCCUACGACCGCAGCUACGGGCGGCUGCAGCACCGCCCGAGACGCCUCGUGGAUCUGUCAGGGUGGUGUGGACAUCCAGCUUUUUGGCGGAGGGCGCCUCGCCAACGAAUGGGAUUGAUUUCACCGUGUUAGAUGAGGGGACCAAGGAUCGCACUCGCAACUAUGCCGUCUCAAAGGUAGGAACCUGGAUGCUCGGACGGGAGUUCGCACGACGUUCCGAACUCGACCAGGAGAAUAUUGUGAGCGUGGUACAGAAUCCAGGCAAUCUAAAGGCGGGCUCAUAUGGAGGGACCCCAGCGGUUGCCAUGUUUUUCAUCAACCCUUUGCUCCAUGAGGCCAAGUUUGGGGCGUACACUGAGCUAUACGCCGGUCUAUCGUCCGAGAUAACCCUUGAGAACAAUGGUGGCUAUGUCAUUCCUUGGGGAAGGAUUCGACCGGAUGAGGAUUGUCCACGACAAGACAUUAUAGCGGCGAUGACUUCGGCCGAGGAUGGGGGACUUGGAUAUCCAACACGGUUUUGGGAGUGGUGUGAGCAGCAGUGGAAACCCUUCGUGUAA